AUGAUUGAAAUGGCAGCUAAUACUAUUAAUACCCGAAAGCAAACUGAAAUGGACUAUUUUUAUGAUGGAGAAAGUCAAGUAGAGCAUUUUAUGAAUAAUGAAUUAGAAUGUUAUAAAAAAAUAACACAAAUGAACAAAUAUUUUAUUAAUGAGCCACUUUAUAAUACUCACAAUCCCCUCACAUGGUGGCAUACUAAUCAACAUGAGUUUUUGAAUCUAGCAAAAGUAGCACAAAAAUUUCUUUCAUUUCCAGCUACUUCAGUGCCCUCAGAGCGCCUGUUUUCCAAAGCAGAGAAUAUUCUCACAAAGAAACGAAAUCGAUUAGAUCCAA